GUACCAGAACUUCUCGAUUUUUGUUUUUGUGCACAGAAAAAUAAAUAUCGUUCAACAGUUCAAAUUCUAGUUGGAAGUGGAUUCAAAUGCCGGUAGAAGCAGAGUUGUCAACUUGUCUAAGCAUUUACCGCUUAGAAUAUUUUCGUUGAUAUCGCAGGCAGAGAUAGCACAUCUCUAAUUCUAAGUAAAAAAAACUAGUUUAUUUGUGGUAAACAAACCUAUAGUGUACUCUUAGUGAUUACAAUUUUAAAAUGAAAGUAAUCUCCCCUGCAUCCUGUAAUUAAUACGGCAUCCAAAGAGGCAUGACAAAUCCGUACUCUAAACUGACAACUCCACGGACUGCGUGGCACUAAUUACACGGUCUCAGUCACAAUCUUAACAUCUUCACUAUAUAGUGUGCAUAUACACACACAUUAGCAAGCCGAUGGCAAGCAGAAUGUCAGAUAACGUUGGGAGCGUUAUCACCAUUAAUAAUGGUCCGUCGGCAGGAAGCUCUCCGCCUUCGCAGCGGAAGUCCUCUUCGUCAGAAACUCCAACGGAACUGCGAAUCCUCUGCUUUGACCUCACCUUCUACAAUCGCACCACUCAAUUUCUGCUGAGCUGCGCAGGUGUUUUCAUACUGUAUAUCCUUUACGGCUAUCUACAAGAGCUUAUAUUCACUGUAGAAGGAUUUAAACCGUACGGAUGGUUCCUCACGCUCGUCCAAUUCGGGUACUACAUUGGCUUUGGCCUUGUAGAACGGCGGUUGGAGGGCUACCGGAUAAGUGGUGCUUCGUUUUGGAACAUUGAGCCGGAGCCACGUUGCAUUCCCAUGAAAACGUACUUGGUUCUGGCUGCUCUUACGCUAGGAACUAUGGGUUUGUCAAACUCUAGUCUCGGCUAUCUAAACUAUCCCACCCAAGUGAUCUUCAAGUGUUGUAAGCUUAUUCCUGUCCUGGUGGGCAGCAUCCUCAUCCAGGGCAAACGCUAUGGAGUAUUGGACUUUGCAGCUGCCACCUGUAUGUGCAUCGGAUUGGCUUGGUUUACGCUGGCCGACUCCCAGAUGACGCCCAAUUUCAACCUGCUAGGAGUGGCCAUGAUUUCUGGAGCUCUGCUUUGCGAUGCGGCCAUCGGAAAUGUCCAGGAGAAGGCCAUGCGGGAGCACAAGGCGCCCAGCAGCGAGGUGGUCUUCUACUCCUACGGUUUGGGUUUCGUGUAUCUUUUUGUGAUAAUGCUGGUUACCGGCAACUUCUUCAGCGGCUUUGCCUUCUGCUUGGAGCACCCCCUGGAGACCUUUGGUUAUGGCUUCCUGUUUAGCUUGUCCGGCUAUCUGGGCAUUCAGUUUGUACUGGCUUUGGUGAGGAGUAGUGGUGCGCCCAUAGCGGCCACAGUAACUACCGCUCGCAAGGCUGUUACCAUAGCCUUUUCAUUUCUGCUCUUCAGCAAACCAUUUACUAUGCAAUAUCUGUGGUCUGGCCUUAUAGUUGUUCUGGGCAUCUAUCUCAAUGUGUACAGCAAGAAGAAUAAACUUACUUUGGCUGACAUCCGACAGAGAUUAAAGCAAAUCGGAGCCAAGGUUGCACGCUCACCGAGUCGUAAAUUCCUCAUUGAAGUUUAGUUUGAUACCAAAUACAUGAUAUAUAUUUUAGUCGAAUUGUGACAACUGUUUUCUUAAAGAAAACAAUGUACUAUAAUUACUUAAUUAAACGCUAAACACACUUUA